CCGCGGCCUGUAGGGGGCAGCGCGAAGCUCCGGAGGCGACGGCCGCGGCAGGACCCCGGAGGUGACCCCGCCGGCACGACGGUCUCCGCGCGGGGAGGCGAGCUCGCCGCACGCGCCACCUCUGAAUCCGAAAGGAAAAAAAAAAUAAAAAAAUAAAAAGAAGAGAAAAAGCGGAAGAAGCGGCCGAGGCGGCGGCGGCGGGAGGCGGCGAGGAGGAGGGGCCGCGCGCGGCGGCGGCGGGGACGCGGGGACGCGGCUUUGUGCAGGCGGGUCGUGGGGCGCCCAUGGCGGAGUGCGGCCGGGGCGCCGCCGGCGGGGCCCUGCCCACCUCCCCGGGCCCGGCCCUCGGCGCCAAGGGCGCCCUGAAAGCGGGAGCCGGGGAAGGCGGCGGCGGCGGCGGCGGCGGCGGGGGAGGUCGCCUCGGCCACGGGCGGGCGCGCUAUGACAGCGGCGGGGUUUCCAACGGGGACUGCAGCCUCGGCGUGUCCGGGGACGAAGCCCGGGCCAGCCCCGCCAGGGGACCCCUCGGCGUGGCGCUCGCGCGGACCCCGAGCCCUGCCGCGGGUCCUGUCCCCAGAGACAGCAAGCAGGGCGGCCUGCCCCGCCGGAGCAGCAUCAUCAAGGAUGGCACAAAACAGAAAAGAGAGCGGAAGAAAACUGUAUCAUUCAGCAGUAUGCCAACUGAGAAGAAGAUCAGCAGUGCAAGUGACUGUAUCAACUCAAUGGUUGAGGGUUCUGAACUCAAAAAGGUUCGUUCUAACUCCAGGAUUUAUCAUCGGUAUUUUUUGCUGGAUGCCGACAUGCAAAGCCUGAGGUGGGAGCCAUCUAAGAAGGAUUCUGAGAAAGCCAAGAUUGAUAUCAAAUCUAUCAAGGAAGUGAGAACAGGGAAGAACACAGAUAUAUUCCGAAGCAAUGGCAUUUCCGAGCAGAUAUCUGAAGAUUGUGCAUUUUCAGUCAUAUAUGGAGAGAAUUAUGAGUCACUUGAUUUGGUUGCCAAUUCUGCAGAUGUUGCGAACAUCUGGGUGACGGGACUCCGAUACCUGAUUUCUUAUGGGAAACAUACACUCGAUAUGUUAGAAAGUAGCCAAGACAACAUGAGGACUUCUUGGGUUUCACAAAUGUUUAGUGAAAUUGAUGUAGAUGACCUUGGACAUAUAACGCUGUGUAAUGCUGUUCAGUGUAUCAGAAAUCUCAACCCUGGUUUAAAAACAAGCAAAAUUGAGCUUAAGUUCAAAGAAUUGCAUAAAUCAAAGGACAAAGCUGAUACUGAAAUCACAAAGGAAGAAUUUAUUGAGGUUUUUCAUGAACUUUGUACUAGACCUGAAAUUUACUUCCUUUUAGUUCAGUUUUCAAGCAAUAAAGAAUUCCUUGAUACCAAGGACCUUAUGAUGUUUCUUGAGGCAGAACAGGGUGUAGCACAUAUAAAUGAGGAAAUAAGCCUUGAAAUUAUUCACAAAUAUGAGCCAUCUAAAGAAGGCCAGGAAAAGGGAUGGCUCUCCAUAGAUGGGUUUACUAAUUACCUGAUGUCAUCUGAUUGUUUGAUAUUUGACCCAGAACAUAAGAAGGUCUGUCAGGAUAUGAAGCAACCUCUAUCUCAUUACUUUAUAAACUCAUCUCAUAAUACAUACUUAAUAGAGGAUCAGUUUCGGGGGCCCUCUGACAUCACAGGCUAUAUCCGAGCUCUUAAAAUGGGUUGCAGGAGUGUUGAAUUAGAUGUGUGGGAUGGGCCGGAUAACGAGCCUGUGAUUUACACUGGCCACACCAUGACCUCUCAGAUAGUCUUCCGCAGUGUCAUUGACAUUAUUAACAAGUAUGCAUUCUUUGCCUCUGAGUAUCCUCUUAUCUUAUGUUUAGAAAAUCACUGUUCUAUUAAACAGCAGAAAGUGAUGGUUCAACACAUGAAGAAAAUUUUAGGAGACAAGCUAUACACAACAUCACCCAACAUGGAGGAAUCUUACCUACCUUCCCCAGAUGUCCUGAAAGGGAAAAUACUAAUCAAAGCAAAGAAGCUAUCUUCAAGUUGCUCUGGUGUGGAAGGGGAUGUUACUGAUGAAGAUGAAGGAGCAGAAAUGUCUCAGAGGAUGGGGAAAGAGAACGUGGAGCAAUCCAACCAUGUGCCUGUAAAGCGAUUUCAGCUUUGCAAAGAACUGUCUGAACUGGUGAGCAUCUGUAAGUCAGUCCAGUUUAGAGAGUUUCAGGUAUCGUUUCAGGUGCAGAAAUACUGGGAGGUCUGCUCCUUUAAUGAAGUGCUUGCCAGCAAGUACGCCAAUGAGAACCCUGGGGACUUUGUAAAUUACAAUAAGCGUUUUCUGGCCAGGGUUUUUCCUAGUCCCAUGAGAAUUGACUCUAGUAACAUGAACCCUCAAGACUUUUGGAAAUGUGGCUGUCAGAUUGUAGCCAUGAACUUUCAGACUCCGGGGCUGAUGAUGGACCUGAACAUUGGCUGGUUUAGGCAGAAUGGAAACUGUGGCUAUGUCCUUCGACCAGCCAUCAUGAGGGAAGAAGUCUCCUUCUUCAGUGCCAACACAAAGGACUCUGUCCCUGGAGUUUCACCUCAGUUACUUCACAUCAAAAUCAUAAGUGGCCAGAACUUUCCCAAACCCAAAGGAUCAGGUGCCAAAGGGGAUGUGGUAGAUCCUUACGUCUAUGUGGAAAUCCAUGGAAUUCCUGCUGACUGUGCAGAGCAAAGGACAAAAACUGUGAACCAGAAUGGAGAUGCUCCCAUUUUUGAUGAAAGCUUUGAAUUUCAAAUCAACCUCCCUGAACUAGCCAUGGUGCGCUUUGUGGUUCUGGAUGAUGACUACAUUGGGGACGAAUUUAUUGGCCAGUACACGAUUCCCUUUGAAUGUUUACAGACGGGCUACCGUCAUGUCCCUCUGCAGUCCUUGACAGGAGAGGUCCUUGCCCAUGCCUCCUUGUUCGUCCAUGUGGCUAUUACUAACAGAAGAGGAGGAGGGAAACCUCACAAAAGGGGCCUUUCUGUGAGAAAAGGGAAAAAGUCCCGGGAAUACGCAUCUCUGAGAACAUUGUGGAUUAAAACUGUAGAUGAGGUAUUCAAGAAUGCCCAGCCCCCCAUACGGGAUGCCACGGACCUGAGAGAGAACAUGCAGAAUGCAGUGGUGUCGUUCAAGGAGCUAUGUGGCCUCUCCUCAGUGGCCAACCUCAUGCAGUGCAUGCUGGCUGUGUCUCCUCGAUUCCUGGGGCCUGACAAUACCCCCCUGGUGGUCUUGAAUCUUAGUGAGCCCUACCCCACCAUGGAGCUGCAGGCCAUAGUGCCUGAGGUUCUGAAGAAGAUUGUCACAACUUAUGACAUGAUGAUUCAGUCCCUCAAGGCACUAAUUGAAAAUGCAGACGCUGUGUAUGAAAAGAUCGUGCAUUGUCAGAAGGCAGCCAUGGAAUUUCAUGAACACUUGCACAGCAUAGGCGCCAAGGAGGGACUAAAGGAACGGAAACUACAGAAGGCGGUGGAGAGCUUCACGUGGAAUAUAACAAUCUUGAAGGGACAAGCAGAUCUUUUGAAAUAUGCUAAGAAUGAGACCUUGGAGAAUCUGAAGCAAAUCCAUUAUGCAGCUGUUUCGUGUGGACUGAACAAACCCGGCACUGAAAACUCUGAGGCCCAGAAGCAGCGCCGGAGCCUAGAAGUCAUCCCUGAAAAAGGCAGUGAUGAAAAUGAAGACUAGGGGCCCUCCCCAACUGUAGAGUUCCAACCCUAGGACCAGUCACCAACUGCGCUGCACUCACUAAUGAGGAUGAUAACUGGGAUUUUAAAGCACAACUGGAAUAGCCAAUUGCUGUCCGUUACAGCUGUGAAUGUAUGUAGCAAGCCGAGGGGGAAGGCAAAUAAACUCUUUAACAAGAAAUUCUAUCCCUGGCCCAAACAUGCUGUGUUUGUAUUUGUAUUCGAAACGCCCUGAGGUUCACUGUGAAGAACAGGGCAUUUGCUCUAGUUCCAGCGAGACACAGACCGUUCCUACUGAAAACCGUUCGCUCAGGGGGAAAUGGACUGGACUGUUAAGUUCGCAUUUGCCGGUGAAGGGGUGAAGGCGCACUUCCUGCGUGUGCUCCCCAUCAUGGGGCGGUAGAGGAUUUGGUGGCAUGCUUGCUGAGCCAUAUUUACUAAGCAGCAUGUAAGGACCGGAGCUGAGGACAACAUGCCGUGGGCUGCCCGGCUGAAGAUGCGGUGUCAGCGCGGGCAGCGGAAGGAAGCAGCACCUUGGACAUAGUUUUUCAUUGUAUGGCGUAGUAUUCACAUUAAAGAUAUCUUUUAUGAUCUUUCUCCAA